UGCCAAAUGUGACGGAGUACCCUCUGACCAAUUACAAACCAGUUUGCUACGAGGUGGACGAAGGUUGUGUACGCAUGCGCUCUAGCGGCAGUGUGAAUGUGAGAUGUGAAAAGAGGUAAACAGCCAAGAGUUAUCGUGUUAAACAGAAACAAAAUGGAACCACAGAAAGAGUUGCAACCCCCCAAACAGCAGCCUAUGAUCUACAUAUGUGGAGAAUGUCACACUGAAAAUGAAAUCAAGGCCCGUGAUCCUAUCCGAUGCAGAGAGUGCGGCUACAGGAUCAUGUACAAGAAGAGGACAAAGAGAUUGGUUGUUUUUGAUGCCCGAUGAAGACAGAGCAGCAGUUUUGAUCAGUGUUGUUGUUUGAUAUUUUUAUAAUGUGUGACCAUGUAAAUAAAUAGACCUCCGGGCCUUGAUCCAGAUUUCUGUAUUCAUGAAACUACACAAUAUUCAGUUUGACACAAACAAUGCCAUUUUUUGGCCCAAAUGUGAUGGUUGAAAGUGUCGGUUUAUUAAAAACAUGAUUUUCACUGAA